AAAUUAACCACUGGUCAAUUGCCGGGCCUGUCCAGUUAUGUUUAAAGUAGAUAAGGUAACAACAAGCAACCCUUCAUUGAAAAUUCAGAUAAAUUGUUUUGGAAUCACUCGGAUUAGAAGCAAAGUAAAAUUAUAAUUAAUUUGUACUCUCCCCCGAAAGUAUCUAUAUGUACUUUCGCACACACACAUACUUUUUAUAUACACAAAAAAACACUCCAAAUCACAACGGGAAAACCGACUAAGAUGCUGAGUCCAAAAACUGGCAGUCCCAAAGAUGAAAGCACUGCAGAGAUCAAACAGGUGGAAGGUGAUGUGAAUACUGCAAAUGAGGGAAGUCCGCCCAUUGAUUUGAACAUCCGAAGAAAUGGCCAUUGCACAGUGCCCAGUUACUUUACUGAUGUCCAAGUUAGCCCCUCACAUAUCAGCCUUGGAUUCAGGGAUCUGCUCACCCUUUUUGAAGAUUAUGCAAUGCUUAUGAAAACAAAACAUGAUCCUGCCAAUGUUCCCUUCCAGAUGAAGCGUGUCCAGUCGGAGACUGUGGUAAAUGAAGACAGUAAAAAUGGCAAACCAAGCAAGUCAUCGAGUCUUACGGAUCUAUCUGAUUGCACUUUAAGGGACAGACGUAUCCAGGCCCCCACCUGCGAUGUCAGCAGUCAGACAUAUUGGAGUGCCGUGGAUCAGAAGCAAUUCGACAUGAAGGACCUGGAGACACAAUUGGCUGACAUUGGGAGAAAUUCACACAUUGAACAUGGAGCUGAAAAACCGAGCAAGACCUUGCAGCACACAAUCCACAUCGAAGUGGAAUCGGUCACCUCCGCCACAGACAUGCAGAGGGCUCCACUGCGCCAGAGGAUGUGGAAUGUCUUGACCCAGACACUGGACUCCAUCGUCGCCUGCACCUACAUGAUCGGUGAAAACUUCUCCUAUGUGCUGUUCGUUCUCCUGUGCCUGUGGUGUCUCUAUUUGCUGAUGGGCCACUACUACAGCUCCUUGCCGACAAACGUUAACCAGCAGAUGGGCUUCAAGAAAGACUUGGCACGGAUCCAUCCCAAGUAGUUUUGUAUAAAUCGAUUCGCUUCACCCUUGAUGAAAUAAAUAAAAUAUGAAGUAUUGGUUUAGUAAAGCAGA